AUGAAACCAUUACAUUUAAUGUCGAGGAGACAUUAUAACAGAACGGUUUCAAGUAUUUAUCAUAAGGAAGGUUCCUCUAUCAAUUUACCACAGUCAAUUUCAGCUCCUAAUAUGGCAGCUUUAGUGAAAUUUGCCUGUACUGAAGAAACUCCAUCAUCAAAUGAAACAUUAAAUAAUAAUAAUUUUAAUUUAGAUCUACAACCAGGAAAGUUGGACAUUUUUACUAAUGAUAAUAAUACUUGUAGUAAUGAAUAUGUGACAUAUAAUGUUCAUGGUCUUAUACAUAUAGCUAAUUUUGUUAAGAUUCAUGGUCCACUUGACAAGUUUAGUGUAUUUAAAUUUGAAAACUUUUUACAAAUCAUUAAAAAAACUGUUCACAGUUCUAAAUACCCUCUUCAAGACGUAUACAACCGAAUUCUUGAACAAAAUAUCUAUUUAGAAACUAACAUUAAAUAUCCGUAA